UGCGUCGAUUGAUAAAAUCGCAAGUAACAACUCUAAAGACAAAACAGUGUUUGGAAAUCAUCCCCAACAUUUCGCUCGAACGGCAUCGUCGGUUAUUCGUAUGUGUAUGUUAAAGGCUACCGGCAUUGAUCAUAAAAUUUGGCCUAACAUCGGAAAAUUUUCUCACAAAAGAAACAAAGCAAAGUGUUGUUUCGAAUGUGAAGUUUCCCCUAAUGGUGCGAAUUUUUGCCUGRAAAGKGGUAGCAAAGAUGAAGCAAGAAGAUACUGGAGCAAGUACGAUCAGCUUCACCCUCAUUUCUUGAUUCAAGAUAAGCUAAGUAAGAAUUAUGGAAAACAAGCAGAAUUAAACAGCAGGAUGGUGAUCAUCAGAAAUGACUUCACCCAAGUAAUAGAGAUUACAACAAACUUCACUGUCACAUGCCACAGAUAUAAAGAGCAGACUGCUGAAAAUAAGACCAAAUUCACAUACGAAUAUGAUAGCCCGUGUGUACAUGUCAAGUGCAAAGUGCUAGAUAUCGAUCCAGACAACCACGGAAAUGAUAAAAAUGAAGCCACACAAUUCUUAAAAGAAUUGAUCAAGAUGUGCCAAAAGUUCGAAGUCAAAGACUUCGAUUGUAAGUUAAAUGCUUACGUUCAAAAAGGGAUGGACGUUAAAAAAGUUGAAAAAGAGAUGGACGUCAAGACACCGUUGUCCGAGUUGAYUGCCAGUUUCGAUGACCACUUUCAUAUUGGUGGAAAAGAAGACGAAGAACAACGACAACAAGAACAAGUAAAACAGGAACAAAGAGAAGACGAAGAAGAAGAAGGAGCACGAGGAAGAGGAGAGAGAAGAAAAGAGCAAAAGAAGGAGGAGUAGAAGAAAAACCUGGCACCGCAGAAAAAGAUAAGGACGAUAAAAACACCAUCACACUUAUUAACAUAUUG